UCAUCCUUUUUCCAACCGACCGACAUUGCCAUGCCCAAGAAGGCCAUCGCCUUCCAAGUGCGUUGGCUCAGCAUCGACGGGCAGGUCCGGUCCAAGGAGCGUCUCCGUGCAACCCUGGAGACCUGGCCGGAGAUCUGUGCAGAUGUCGAGUGGCCGAACAUUCAGACGAAGCUGAAGAAUUUUUGCCGAAAAAGAGGCUUGUGCUACAAGGUCCAGUACCAGAAUGGAACGGAACUGGAGGACUUAUGUGGCCCAAACAGCCUGAGGAGAUUUUUUCAGUUGCACCGUGAGGCCCUUCAAAGUGACUGUGUAGAACUGCCACUGUUUCUCUUUGCAGAUCCAACCGAUGGCACUUCUGUCGGAACGGAAGCAGAGUCAGAGGAGAUUGUCUUGGAAGUUGAGGAGCAGGGGAGCACCAUCAACUUGAGUCUACAGUCUGACCUUCUGCUGGGAGAAGGAGGUGUCGGCAAAGUCCAGCGAGCUUUAUACGGCAAAGGCUACGUGGCAGUGAAGAGCUCCCUCCCAAAUCAAAGGGCGCAAGACAGCAUGAAGACAGAAAUCAGCACUUUGCUUCAACUGAACCACCCCAACAUCAUCAAAGUCUUGCAGCAUGGGCAUGUCUUGGAUCGAGACCACGGUCGCCUACCAGCAUAUAUGAUGGACUUGGGCAGGUGUUCUGUAGCUGCUUUGCUGGAAACCGGCUGGCACAACAAGGCAGCGGCAGAGGCUGCGCAGAGAGAUGUGGGUUGGGCAUUGCAGCAUCUUCAUGCUGCUGGCUUGGGUCACAUGGAUGUGAAGCCGGGAAAUUGGCUGGUGACCAACAAGUUCACGGCGCCAGAUGGGGAAACUCAACUCCAACUCAGGCUGAUUGAUGCCGGCGGGGCUGGAAGGCUACACAAAGGUCAUGUGAAAUCAUGUACCGCCGAGUAUGCCCAUCCAAUGCAAAGGGGGGUAUCCCGUCUCGGCCCCAACGUCAAUGUUCGAAAGGUUGUCAUCAAAGCCUUUUUUGACUGGUAUGCCUUGCGCCUAUCAAUCUUCCAGCUUUCGAAUUCGGACUCUGACAAUGGAACUGCGACAGAUGAGCAGAUCCUGCAAAAGGCAUCAGAGACCUUGGCAAGUGACAAAGAGUUCGUUCUGCAAGCAGUCCAAGAAGGGGGAAAAGAAGUGUUGUUCUUUGUCUCUGAGACACUCCUGAAUGACACAGAGGUGGUCAUGGAAGCAAUCCGACAGGAGGGAGCAAAAAAAGUGCUGUUUGCAUACAGGGCACUUCAAAGUAACAAGCAGAUUGUCAUGGAAGCAGUCAAGCAGAAUGGCCUCGUUCUGCAAGAUGUCUCUGAGGCACUCCAGAAUGACAAGGAGGUCGUCAUGGAAGCAGUGCGGCAGAAAGGCCUUGCGCUGCGGUAUGCCAGCGAGAAACUCCGAAGUGACAAGCAAGUUGUCAUGGAGGCAGUCCGGCAGGAGGGUUUCGCGCUGCGGUAUGCUUGUGACACAUUCAAGAAUGACAAGGAAAUUGUCAUGGCAGCAGUCCGGCAGCAUGGCUGUGCGUUAGAAUGUGCUUGUGAGGCACUCCAAAAUGAUCCCGAGCUCGUCAUGGAAGCACACCACCCGGAUUGUCCCAAGCGGGCCUCCAAGUUUUACCAGGGUUACAUCCAGGGGGCCAAGAUUGCCUCCCAGGUUGCACAGGGUUUCAAGAUGGUCAAGUCUUUGGCUCAUCGAGUCGAUCAGUGGCUCAUAUCAUCAUGUAACUGGUAAGCUUUGACUUUCUAUUGGUGCAGACAGUGAUGUUGCCGUUGACAGCUGUUAGCCCAAUUUUUAACGAGAUAGUGUGAUAUCGACAGCGGUGUCCAUCGUGGAUAGAUCCCUGCUGCUGUUUUUUUGAAAA